GACUGUAGCUUUUUUUGGCAAUCCCAUUCUCUCAUAAUAUUAAGAAACAAUUUGAUUAAAAUAUUGAUUGAAAAGCAAAUUUUCUUUUCUUUUCUUUUCUUUUCUUUUUUUAAUCCAUUGUUAUUGGAGAUAGAGAAUUCGAACUCUGGAACUUUGCAAGGAAGUUGUAGCCUAAACGCCAUUAAUGUUGCUUUUUCUUUGUAUUGUAUGUCAUUCAAAAACUAUAUUGCUUUGCUCUUUUGUCAUCUCGGAAGCAUGCUUAUACCAAUGCUAGCAUUAUUAGCUUCUUAGCAAGAGCUGAGCCGGAAACUAAAAAUAAUAAUAAAAUACAUAAAAACAAAAAUGCUUAUAAAUUUUUAGCUUCAAAAUCUGCAAAUCUGAUUGGACUUGAAAAUGGAAUAACAUUUGGUGUUGGAAGCAGGACAUUAUUUGAUCCAAGUCUCUUUAUCGGUUGUGGGAGAAGAGAGCAGAUGAUAUGUAAGUUAGCAUGCACAAACUGCAUAUUCAAAUCCCUUAGAUAAACAGUAUGCUAGUCUCUGCAAAUAUCAAUUGGAUACACAAUUUCAUAAAUAAAAAAUAAAAAUAAUAAAAAAAAUAAAAAGAAAUGGUGACUUUUAGUGUUAACUGUUUGUUUUCUUAAAAAGUUGCAAACAAAAUAUAUACUUGGUAUACAAGAGUUUGUAAAAAAAUAAAAAAAUAAAAAUAAUAAUAAUAAUUAUGAAAAAAUAAUUAAAAAACAAAUGAUAGACUAGUUUGUCAAUUAAUUUUAAAAAGAACUUUCAUUUCUAUAAUUGAACUUUUAUUUUUAUAAUUUAAAAUAUAGACUUGGUGGUUCCUUCAAUUGUCCUUAUUUCCCUGACAACAGAGUUUGUCCGGUUAAUUUUAUAAACAACUAAUUUCAUUUAUUUAUAUAAUUUAAAAGAUAGAGUUGGCAAGGUCAACCAUGUAGUGCUAUCUUAAAAUAAACAUGCGCAUUAUGGCAUCAUAUGGAAAACUUUGUAUUUGUUUUUUCCUCUACUUGUUUCUUUACAAGUUACAUAUAUUAAUAUAAAUAAUACUAAUUUGGAAGGGAAACAAUAUUAUUGCCAUUUAAUUUCAAUGUGAAAAAAAAAACAUUAUAUCUAUAUUGCAUUAACAGUAUUUAAAUGGAUAUAUAUAUAUAUAUAUAUAAGUGUUUGGUUCCAGAUCGUGACAACAGUUUUUUCAAAUACUUUAUGAACAACUUUCAUUUCUAUAAUUUAAAAGACAGAUCACUUGGAAAGGUCAAAUAUGUGGUGUAAUAUAUGAUUUUUUUUUGGUCCUCAUCCAAAUUAUUACUUUUGCAAUAAUGGCUGAUAAAUACUAAUGGAUUUUUCUUUUAAAAAAAAUAAAUUUAAAUUCUGUAUUUUUUUGCCUGCAUUUAAUAUUGUGCUACAUCAGUAUCAUAUAUUAUCAGGUAAAGCCACAUAGUCAGCUAGAUUUUAAAAACCUCAAAAAUAUAGGAUUUUUCAUUGAAUAAAGAAAGUUUUCUCUCUGCGUGCAAUUUUGUUUGAGGAAAGUAAUUAUGUGUUUCUGCAUUUAUUUUCUUUCAAGAAGGGCGUUGAUGCAUGGGGUUUUGUAUUAAAAGAGGCGUUUUGAUUUUGGGCUAAUAUUGGUAUUAAUUGAAGUAUUGACUGAUAUUUUAGAAUGAAAAUUUUUCAAAAGGCAGUGUUAAGAGAAAAGCAAUGGGAAAAGAAACUAUGGUCGUGUAAAAAGAACAACCCCUACAUUUUAUCCUAUAUUGCACCAUUUCAAAUACUAAUUAAAGUGCAGAAAACAUGGUGAAAAUUCCAUUUUAUAAAAAGACUUUCGUUAAUAUAAUUUAAAAGAAAAUUUAAGGAGGAUGCUUUAAUUAUUGCUUUCUUCCUGAGAUCACAACACAGUUUAUUCAAUUAAUUUUAUGAGCAACUUUCAUUUUUCUCAUUUUAAGAGAUAGACUUGAGGAGGUCAAUAAUCAUGUUAGUUAUUUUAAAAUAAACAUGAGGCGGUCCCUUUGGAAAACUUGUAUUUGUUUUUUUCCACUACUUUUAAUUUUUUCUCAACAACUUGCGUAUAAUUAAUACUAUAAGUUUGGAAGGUCAAAUUUAUUAGUAUUAAUUUAUUUCAAGUGUGAAAAUAACACCAUAUGUUGAAAAAAAAUAAAAAAUAAAAAAAUCCCCUUGUAUUGUUAAUACCCCACUUCUUUGUCUUUGUGAGAGGCAGAGAGUUGUGCUCCGGAAGCGCAUUGAAUUUUUUCAUGGUUUUUCUUAUCAUUAUAGCUUGUAUAGAAAGGACAGUUCCUCUUUCAACCUCAAGCUAGCUUGAAUAUUCGGCAUUUCUGGACCUUGUAAGCUCCCCGAGGUUUUUUUUUUUUUUUUUUUUUUCCAGUGAGAAUUGGACCAACUUGGACCCAGAAUUUGCUUCUGGUCCUAUUGUUUUAGUAGUUCUGUUUCUUUUCUUUGACUUCCUAAGUCAUGCUGAGUAAGAAGGAGAUAGUUCAUCCGAGCCACAGCCAUCCCUUGUCUGUUGGUACCGAUAAGCGAUUUAUCAACCUUGAACAUUGCAAUGUUUGCCGUGGAUACAUGAAAGACUUCAAAGAUUAUUACUACUGUCCAAAAGAGGAAUGUAAGUACUACCUACAUAUCAAAUGCUUUAAAUUCAAAGAAACUACCCAAGAAUAUCACCCACUUCACCCACACCACCCUUUAACUCUGUCCUUCACAAAUCCUAAUAAUAAUGGUGAAAUCAAGUAUGAAUGUAGUUUCUGUAGGGAAACCAAAUCCGGUUAUUUCUACCAUUGUGGCCACCAUCAAUGUGAUUUCCGCAUCGAUCUUAUUUGCUCUACUGAUUUUGAAUGGAUGAGCUCUGCAUUACUUAGGAGAUUUGAGUUUCAACAUUUCUUUCAUGAUCAUAAACUCUCUCCUCUUAAGUCAGAAUAUAUACGAUCUUGUAAUGGAUGUGGGUUGAGAACUUUCGAUGUUCCCAUUUUGGGUUGUCAAAGAUGCCAUUUCUAUCUCCAUCCACUGUGUUCCCAAGUCCCAAAAGAGAUGGUUCAUCCUUUCCAUCCACAGCACACUCUAACCCUUUUGCAGAAACCGCCUGCUGAUGAGUUGCGUUGCAUAGCAUGUCGUAAGAGGAUCAAAGAUGCAUUUGUCCUCCAUUGUACUCAGUGUCCCUUCAACCUUGACAUUGGUUGUGCUUUCUUAAAGCCUAGUGUCAAACAUGACCGCCAUAAGCACCUUCUUGCACAUUUUGAGAAAAUAGACCUGGAUGAUGUUCUAUGCAUUGCCUGCAAUAAGGUUGUGAUGCUGAUUUGUUUCGUUGCUUCGCCUGCGAUUUUAAUAUCCACUCCGGAUCAUGCAUGUCUUUGCCAAGUACCGUCGAUUACUAUGACCAUAUCCAUCCCCUUACUCUUAUCAGUUCUUAUAGAGAAGAUGAUUCAAACCAGUAUUACUGUCACGUUUGCGAAGAAAUAAGAGAUCCAGAUUAUGGUGCUUAUCACUGUGAAGAAUGCAAGAUUGCAACUCAUAUCGAAUGUGUUCUUCCUAAGGAGACGAGUAGUAUAUCAGAGGAAAUAGUGGAAUCUUCUUCAACUGAAAAGCAAGAAGAGAUUGAGGAGCAAGGAGAUAAUACCACAGAAGAAGAUAUUGAGGCAGUAGCUAGUUAUGAAAUGGUGUCCGCAGAACAUACCAUUCUUCUUCAGCUAGAUGUGGAGAUGGCAAAGAUUCGAGAAGAAGUGAAAGGAUUGAAGAAACAACUAGGAGAAAAACUCAAGGAACUUGAGGAGAGGGAAGGAAGAGCUGAAAGUGUGCUAAGAGAACUUAAAGAGAAGUUUAAUUACAUGAACUAAUUAUAAUUAGUAUCAUGCUAUUAAUUGUGCAAAGUAAGCUUGUAACAACGUUUAGUAAAUCAUGUUUAUCCAAAAUAAGCUUGUAACGAAGUUUAGCAAAUUAUGUUUUCUGCAUAGUAAAAUAUCGUAAAUGGUUUUUGUAAUUUGUAUUGUUUGUACCCACUUUUGGUGGGAAUGUUUGCUGCUUGAUUUUAUCUCUUUUCAAAUAAUAUUUU